AUGAAGCCCAGUGUCUCCAGUGAUGGGGACUUGCAACUAGAUGGAUUUAUCCCUCUCUACUACUUGCAAUUAGAAACAGAUAUGCAGAGAUUUUCUUUUCUGCACAAGCCAGUACGAAGGUCACCUGAGGAUGCUCUAAGUUCUUCCAAAUUUGAUGUGAAUGUUAAAACUGGAUCAUCAGUUUUCACUCCAAACUCUUUAGAUGGUUGUGUCUGUUUCCUUUGGCCAUAUUCCGAGGAGAAUUUCCAGAUCACAUGGUGGGACUGGAGUAAUUACCCAUAUGUUCUGGCCUUUCUCUUUGCCAUUGAGGAGAUCAACAAGAACACUCACCUGCUCCCCAAUUUGACACUUGGUUUCAAUAUCUACAAUGCCCUUCAUUUACAUCACAAAACCUUAGAGAACAUCUUGUUUUGGUUCUCAGGAGGGAAACAAGCUGUCCCUAAUUAUCAUUGCCAGAAACAGAAAAAAUCUGUUGCCAUUAUUGCAGGAACCAGGAUUGAAUUUUUCACAGACAUUGGACCACUUCUGGAACUCUACAAAACCCCACAGGUCAUAUAUGGUCCAUUUGAUUCUUUACUGAAUGAUAAAGAUCACUUCCCAUCAGUCUACCAAAUGACUACUAAAGACAACUUCCUGGUCCCUGGAAUGGUCUGGUUAUUACAGCAUUUUGACUGGACUUGGGUGGGGUUCAUUGCCUCGGAAGGGAUAAGAAGUAAGAAAUUCUUCUUGGCAUUGAAAGCACUGAUGUUGAAGAAAGAUAUCUGUCUAGUCUUUACAAUAAUGCUAUCGAACUCCUGGAUAAGAAAUGCAAAUAUAUUUAUACAGACAAUAGACUGUCAAGCUAUUUCAAAAGUAAAUGUCACUAUAGUAUAUGGUGAUGCUGACAUUUUUAUGGGGAUACACAUCUUGGCAAAAACCUGUGGACUUUCAAGUAAGAUGUGGAUCAUAGCUACAGAGGCAUAUAUUGACUUGUAUAAGAUGAAGAAUAUAAUGGAUCUUUUCCAUGGAAGUCUCUCAUUUUCACCCACGAAGAGAGAACUGCCUGGCUUUGAAGACUUUGUGAGGACAUUUAACCCUUCCAAAUACCCAGAAGACUUUUAUAUCAUUCAGCUGUGGCUUGACAUGUUUAAUUGUUCAUUUGCUGGCUCACCGUGUGGGAAUCUCAAAGUCUGUCCACCAAAUUCUACAUUAGAGUUUAUACCGGGGACUAUCGACCUGAUGACCAUGUCUGAAUCCAGCUAUAUUAUCUACAAUGCUGUAUAUGUUGUUGUCCAAGCCCUCCAUGAGAUGUUCCUGGCAAAAAUAGAAAUAGAACUGACAAGUGAAGCAAAGCGACCAAUGUUCCUCUCCUGGCAGCUUCACCCCUUUCUGAGAAGUGUCGAAUUCACUAACAACAUGGGAGACCACAUAUACUUGGAUGACAAAAGAAACACUGAAAAAAAGUAUGAUGUCUUGAACAUUUCGCCAUUUCCUGCAGCUCAUGGUCUCCUGGUUAAAGUAGGAGAAUUUGUCUCCAAUGGUCAAAAUAAAAACUUGGUCAUCAAUGAAGAGAUAAUAAAUUGGCCUGUUGAAUUGGAAGAGCCUCCACAAUCAGUUUGUACCCAGAGCUGUGGUCCAGGAUUCAAGAAAGUUGCAAAUGAAAAAGAUAUCUGUUGCUUUAGAUGUGUCUUCUGUCCAAAGGGAGAGAUUUCACAUCAGAAAGAUGCACAGACGUGUACCCAAUGUUCAGACCAAGAAUAUCCAAACCAAAAUCAAACCUACUGCCUCCCCAAGUUGGUGACCUAUUUGGACUUUGAAGAUUCCUUGGGGAUGGCUCUGGCCUGCACAGCUUUAUGCUUCUCCAUCAUCACAAUUGCCAUUUUAUGGGUUUUUGUGAAGAACCAAGACACCCCCAUAGUCAAGGCCAAUAACCGGACUCUCAGUUACAUCCUGCUCAUCUCCCUCCUCCUCUGCUUCCUCUGCUCCUUUCUCUUCAUUGGUCGUCCAAACACAAUCAUUUGCAUCUUCCAACAAAUCACAUUUGGACUUGUGUUUACUGUGGCUAUUUCCACUGUGUUGGCAAAAACCAUUACUGUGCUAUUGGCAUUUAAAUCUGUGAAACCAGGAAGAACCAUGAGGUGGCUGUUGGCAUCAGGGGCUUCUAACUAUGUCAUUCCCAUCUGCACUUUUGUCCAAGUAAUUAUCUGUGGCAUCUGGCUGGGACUGUCUCCCCCCUUCAUUGAUGUAGACACACGCUCUGAGCCCAGGCACCUGCUCAUUGUGUGUGACAAGGGCUCAGUCGCUGCCUUCUACUGUGUGCUGGGCUACCUGGGUUCCUUGGCCCUGGUCAGCUUCUCCUUGUCCUACCUUGUCCGCAACCUGCCUGAUGCCUUCAAUGAAGCCAAGUUCUUGACCUUCAGCAUGCUGGUGUUCUGCAGCGUCUGGGUCACCUUUCUGCCUGUCUACCACAGUGCCCAGGGCAAGCUCAUGGUGGCCUUGGAGAUCUUCUCCAUCUUGGCUUCCAGUGCUGGUCUCCUAGUGUGUAUCUUUGCCCCCAAAUGUUACAUUAUUUUGAUAAGUUGUGAUAAGAACUUUUCAAAAAGUUUACUGAAUAAGACAGGCCACAGGAGAAAUGCAUGUUCUUAA